UCUGACAACUGUUUUUGUUACCAGUCGCAAUUUUAUUGUAUUUCUUUUCAUUACAUUAAACCACAAACGAAGUGGGUGUUGUUGUAUUCUAGUAGAUUAUAAUAAAAUCAAGAAAAACUGUAAUGAAAUUAACUGCUACGAAAUUCAGUUUUAAUGAAUCCCUUCUGUAUUGAAUUUCGUUUACUCACCUCGUCUUAAAAUGGCAGGCAAUUUCUGGCAAAGUUCGCACCACCAACAGUGGAUACUUGAUAAACAAGAUUUGAUAAGAGAUCGGCAACAUGAUCUUGCUAUAUUGACGGAAGAAGAGUAUCAGAAGAUAUUUAAUUUUUUCGCUAGUAUAAUACAAAUCCUCGGAGAGCAAUUGAAGCUUCGUCAACAAGUGAUCGCCACGGCGACAGUGUAUUUCAAGAGGUUUUAUGCCAAGAAUUCUCUGAAAUGUAUUGAUCCUUUGCUUUUAGCUCCAACAUGUGUAUUCUUAGCGUCUAAAGUAGAAGAGUUUGGCGUUAUAUCGAACUCUCGUCUUAUAACCACUUGCCAAACCGUAAUUAAAAACAAGUUCAAUUAUGCAUACGGCCAGCAGGAAUUCCCAUACAGGACAAAUCAUAUCUUGGAAUGUGAAUUCUAUUUAUUGGAGAAUCUGGAUUGCUGCCUUAUAGUAUAUCAACCAUACAGGCCAUUACUGCUGUUUGUCCAAGAUAUUGGGCAAGAUGAUCAGCUACUAACUUAUGCUUGGCGAGUUGUUAAUGAUUCUCUCAGGACCGAUGUCAGCUUGCUAUAUCCCCCAUACCAAAUUGCAAUUGCAGCUCUUCAUAUUGCCUGUGUAAUGCUGGGAAAAGAAAAUCUCAAACCAUGGUUUGCUGAGUUAAAUGUUGACUUGGAUAAGAUUCAGGAAAUCGUCAGGUCCAUUAUUAAUUUGUAUGAAAUGUGGAAAAGCUAUGAUGAAAAAAAGGAGAUCCAGAGUUUACUUGGAAAGAUGCCUAAACCUAAGCCGGCUCCGCAGAGAUAAUAUUUACAGUAGAUAUGACUUUAAAUCCACUGAUGGAAGAAACUAGUGUUUUAGUGUAAAGUUACUUUGACUGGAAUGAAAUAAACACUUUUGUGGCCCACAGUAAAUAAUCGAUUAUGGCAUAGUUAUUUGGUUUCAUACAAAUUUUUGCAUUAAUCCUAGUUUUCGAGUUGUAAUGAGUGGCAAUAUGGUGACAAGUGAGAAUAAGCCAAAAUGAAGAUACCUGUACAUAAUCUUUACACUAAAUAAUGUUUUUAUAGGCCAGUUGCAUCAACCACAUUUGACAGACACAUUAUCAUCACACAGAGGACCUAUAUGGAACUUCCCAUACAAUAAAAUUUUACAAACUUUUAACGGUGUCAGAUGGUUUGAUGCAACCGGCCCUAAAGGAGAUUUAGUACUUAUUGUUUGAAUCAAACUUUGAGACUUAUUUUAAGAUGCAUGCCUCAUUAAUGUUUUUAGCAAGUACUUUUGUAGAUAGUUCAAUUAAGAUAUGGUGUACUUGAUAUUUGGUAGGUAUUAUUAAAUUUAUUCCAUUUAUUGAACUCAAGAGGCUAGUUAAAAUUAUACAUUAUACAUAUAGUAUUUUAUGCAACAGGCGUUUAAAGGAGGUCAAAAAAGACGAGUGACGUGGGUAACAAUUUGAGGCGAAGCCGAAAAUUGUUAUUAAGACGCCACGAGUAUUU